CUCAAUACAUCGAUUCCUUUUGAAAUGUUUUCCUGACUCUUUGUAUGCACGGGAGCCAUUCCAGGACCUGAUGUAGAGGAAUAUAUGUUGUGUGUUCGAGAAAGAUUACCCACCGGUCCUUAUUUUCAGGUGUUUAUGUACAAAAAGAGAAAAAGUCAAAUACGGCCGAAAAGAAAAUUGAGCUGAGCAGAAUGGCAGCGUUUGACCCUACCUCAUCAUUUGCUUCGGAGUUCAAAAAUGAAACCUAUGACAAUCGAAAUGUGACUGACUCUCCAAAUGAUCAAAUUACAGCUAUUCCAAUUUCUACUGAGAUGAUCAUCUUUAAUGUCACCCUUUUUACUCUCUGUUUUUUGGGUCUUCUAGGGAAUGGAAAAGUCAUCUGGAUUCUUGGUUUCCACAUGAAAAGGAAUUCUUUUUCCAUCUAUGUUUUGAAUUUGGCUGUGGCUGAUUCUGGAGUGCUGAUACUUAAGGUUUUGGUUCAAAUAUUUGACAUUAGUAAAAAUUAUUUCCCAAUAUAUUUUCUUUUUGAAGGCCUUUAUUUUAUGAUGCACAAUGCUAGUCAACUUUUACUCAUAAGCAUCAGUGUGGACCGUUGUGUAUCUGUGCUUUUUCCAAUUUGGCACCAGUGCCAUCGGCCCCCCAAAUUGUCUCUCAUUGUGUGUGUUAUCGCUUGGGUUCUGCCCUUUCUUUACUUUGCCUUGGAAAUGGUGGUUAUACUUUCAGUAUCUUUUCUAUUGUUUCAGUUGGUUUUCAAUGGGCUUAUUUCUUACCCAGCAAUGGUCAUUUCCACUCUGAUCCUGCUUGUUAAAAUUUCCUUUAAACGACGCCAGCAAAAGCGGAAAAGGGUGUUGACGGUAACCUUGCUUGCGCUCAUGUGCUUCGUUGUAUUUCGUUUGCCUCUGAGCAUUGUCUCCAUUAUUACUUACAGUACAGUAAAAAACAGUGGUUUAACAUCGAAAGAUUUUGAAGAGUUUACAGAGUCGGUCAUUGAAAAGAAAAUGGUUGCUGCCAUGUUUUUACAAAUUGUAUAUGUUUUUAGCCCCUGGUCUGAACAUAUAAACAUUCUUACGUUGCUGUCUGACAUCUGUAUCGUAGUAAAUAGCAGCAUCAAUCCAAUCAUUUAUUUCCUGGCUGGGAGAAAUAAAGAGGAUCGAUCCAGAAUAUCCAUGAAACUUGCCCUCCUCAGGGUUUUCACAAAUCAGGAAGUUGCCAAAGAAGAUGAGAUGCAGCCUGAUGAAACUCAGUUGUGAACGUUUCUUGUACAUUGAUUUUUUGUGUGCAUUGUGGUUUAUUAAGUACAACCAUUUGACGAUGCAUUUCCCACCCAAAUUUUCCCUAUAUGUUACAUCAUGGAGAUAGAAAUAAUUUUCUAAAAGAGAAGUCAAGAGAAACUAACAAUCAAGAAGCUUUCCCCGUGUGUAAAGUGGGAAAUUAUUGGAACAAAGCUAGCUAUAUGUCUGGAUUUGUUUUUUGGUGGAAAGACAGCAUGUCAUCAUUGUUAUUUAAGCUUAAAUUCACGAAGGUUUUCUAAUAUCUCUACAUUCCAUCCUUCUCUAUACCACUUCAUUUGUAUCACAGAGCCAUUUAUCACAGAACAAUUUUCAUCUUAAUGUGAUACAUUAUGAAAAUUGCUGUUUAAUUGUCUAAUGAGAAUCAGUGGUCUCACUAUUCCAGAACUUUGCCAGAUGAUGUUGGUACCAGCUAGAACUAAGAACGUGAAAUGUCCAAAAAAGAAUGACAGGAAGGGAGACUUACAAUGAUAGAAGCUAUUUAUCUUUAAAGAAUAGUUUUAAAAAAAGCCAACAAAUGAAAAUUAUUAAUAAUGAUCUGUUACUGUUAAAUAUAAGUGAAUAUUACAUUGAAAUUUGUGAGAAUCCUAUAAUUGUCAUAUUUUAUUUCAAGAAAUGUAUUCUGUACAUCUUUUUUCUCCUUCUCUUUUCUUUCAUUAUACAUAUAUACAUGUAUAAAUUUACAUGUUUUAGCAUUUUUAGUGAAGCCAUAUAUUCUACCAAGUUCAUUCAUGAAUCCAUAUAUUCUACCAAGUUCAUUAGGGACAAAACCUUGGAAAAUACGUAACAAAUAAAAAUAAAAUAAAAUGAUAAAUGUUACAUAUUUUGAAAAUUUCA